AUGGUGAGCGCCGCGGGCUGCGGGCAGGCCGCGAGUCUUGGGGAAUGCCCCGCCCCCGGCGCGGGCUGGCGGGAGUUCUGCCGCGCACGCGCGCGCCGCGCCGGGACUUGCGCGCGCCGCUACCGCGCGCUGGCGGCCGCGCAGCCGGAGAUGGGCGGCGGCGCCGCCGCCGCCUGCGCGCGCCGCUUCGCGCGGAACUUUCUGGAACACUUCGAGGCCGAGGUGGCGCGCGGGAGGCGCGGCCCCGACAUGUCGCGACACGGGCGCGGGGCGGGGCCGGCGGGGAACGGCGCGGAAAUGGCGGGAAUCGACACGAGAUUGGCGGGAAUCGACCCGAAAUUGGCGGGAAUCGACCCGAAAUUGGGGGGGAUCGACCCAAAAUUGAGGGAAAUUGACCAAAAAUUUGACCCAAAAUUGGCUGGAAAUGACCCAAGAUUGGCGGAAUUUGACCCAAGAUUGGGGAAAAUGGGCCCAAAACUGGCUGAGAAUGACCCAAAAUUGACAGAAAUUGGCUCAAAUUUGAGGGAAAUCGACCCAAAAUUGGCAGAAUUGGACCUGAAAUUGGGGAGAAUUCCCUCAAAAUGGAGGGACUCAAAAUUUGGGGAACUUGAGCUGAAAUUGGCAGAACUGGACCCAAAAUUGGCAGAAAUCGCCUCAAAAUCCGCGGAGUUCGCGCUGAAAGCGGCAGAAAUUUGCCCAAAAUCGGCCGAAUUUGGGGCUAAUUUGGGUCAAAUCGGCAAUUUGAAAUUGCCGAAAGGGUGGCGAAAAUGCCCCGAAAUCCCUGGAAACCGGUACAAAAUUGUGGGAAAUUUGCCCGAAAUCGGCAGAAAUUUCCCCAAAAUCAGCGGGGAUUUGCCCGAAAUGGGAGGAAAUCGCCCCAAAGUCCGCGGAAAUCGGCGCCAAGUGGCCUCAGAAUGUCCCAAAAUCGGCGGAAAUCGCCCCAAAAGCGGCCGACACCGACUCAGCGUGGGCGGAAAUUUCCCCAAAAUCGGGGGAAAUUCACCCAAAAUGGGCGGAAAACGCCCCGAAAUCGCUGGAAAUUCACCCAAAAUGGGCGGAAAUUUCCCCAAAAUCCGGGAAAUUUGCCCAAAAUCUCCCGAAUUCGCCCCAAAUUCCCCCGGAGCCUCCCCGGACUCCCCCGAGUGGCCCCAAAAUUCCCCGAAAUCGCCGGGACUUUGCCCGAAGCCGCCGGGACUUUGCCCGCAGUGCCCGGAGCCGCCGGCGCCGGGGAUUUGCCCGAAACCCGCGGGUUUGGCCCCAAAAGCGAAGGCGCGCCGCCGCUUCUCGCUGCGCAGCGUGGGGCGCAGCGUGCGCGGGAUGCUGCAGUGGCGCUCGGCCGAGCCCCGGAACCCCCGGGAUUCGCCCCAAACUCCGGAGCCGCCCGAGAAGCCCCAAAAUCCCCGGAAUUCGCCCCAAACGCGGCGCGAGCGGCUCCUGCGCAUGCGCGGCGCGCCCCGGCUGGGAGCGUGGGGGCGGGGCCGCGGCGGGGAGGGGGCGGGGCCGGAGAGAGGCCACGCCCACAAGGCCCCGGAGCCGGAGCGGCCGCAGGGGGAGCCCCAAAGCCCCGCCCACACGUCUGACCCCGCCCCCCCCUCGGACCCGGAGCCGCUGCGGGGCGACAACGGACCAGGCCCCCCCGGCGGGGACGGGGGCGGGGCCGCGGGGGCGGGGGCCGGGGCCGGCGAGCUGGGGGCGUGGCCCUGGUUCCACGGGACGCUGUCGCGCAUGCGCGCGGCGCAGCUCGUGCUGCAGGGGGGGCGGGGCGGCCACGGCGUCUUCCUGGUGCGGCAGAGCGAGACGCGGAGGGGCGAGUUCGUGCUCACCUUCAACGUGCAGGGCAAGGCCAAGCACCUCCGUCUGUCGCUGAACGAGUCGCUGCAGUGCCGCGUGCAGCACCUCUGGUUCCAGAGCAUCUUCGACAUGCUCGAGCACUUCCGGGUGCACCCCAUCCCCCUCGAGUCGGGGGGGCCCAGCGACGUCACCCUGCUCAGCUACGUGGUGGCCUCGCACCGGGUUUGGGGUCGCUCCGGGAGCCGCGCGACGCUCGGGGACCCCUCCCCAACCCCCCCGGAGCCCGCCCCUCCCCCACCCCCCGACUGACCCCGCCCCCCGCCCCUCCCCCACCCC